AUGGUGAAGGCUACCAAUUGCUUACGGCGAAGCUAUCCGGGAGUUGUGCAACGAUUUCAGGCACGAGGGGCUAAUAUACUUUUUUUAAAAGGAAGCCUUCGACGCUCGUAUGCGGCUCAAGCUGUUGCUCAUCUACCUAGCGAGCUGCAGCAGAAAAUAGUUGAAACUCCAGAUUUGCGUACUCAUCGCUCACCAAUCACCAAUGGCCGCAUUGGCAGUGACAUAUAUACGCAAUUGAACGAAGCUGCCGAAGUCAUUCAAACUACCACCGUACCAACCGAGAACGCAUUGCUCGACGCACUGCGCUCAUGUCAGCAGCUAGCUCAGGCCGUCUCAUCAGAAUCUGCACUGAAGAAGCAAAGAUCAGACAAGCAAUCGGAGGGUUCAGCUUCGCGAUCAUCUCCUAUCGUCGACCUGUCAAUAAGACAGUCUAGUCACAGCCAGCGGGAGUUGCUUAGGGACAAGAUUACAGACAUGGCAUAUCGAAUCGUGACAGAUCCAAAAACAUUCAUGUCUCCAUCUAUACUUGAAACCUACGUCUCUACGCUAUGCACGCUCCAUCGUCCGCAGUCUUUUCCAUACAUAUUUGAUCUAUAUGCUGUCAAACCAAUCCCGAAUCCUGGUACGUCCCCCACCACCUACUCUGAAGCGGACCCAAACAGCGUCAAGGCUGCAGUGCCUCUACAAGUCGCAAGUGCUGCGCUAGAUGCGGCCAUCGAAAGCAGAGACCUAGCUUUAUGUCUUAGCGUCAUCUCAACAACAGUGUCUACGCAGGCAUAUAUUCGCAAUCGAUGUUUGCGAAGAGCGGGCCCGGCUGUAACGGCGGUUGGAACUACGCCUCUUAUUUCAUACCAACUUGCAGUGGCGUGGGCAGACUAUUCAGACAGACUUGAACCGGGCUUUGCAUUUUGGAUGUCAUUUGCAUGCUUCAUGACCUUUUUCGCCUCGACUUCGGUAACUGGAUACGUGGGGGUGACUACGGCGUAUAAUUCGAACCGGGUCGUCUGGCGGUCAGGAACUCCUUUGCAUCGAAGAUGGACGCGCAAACAAGAGAGAGAAUUUGCGGAUCGGGUCGCUGACGCGUGGGGUUUCCGCAGUCAUCUGAAGCGAGGAGAGGAGGAAGGCGAAGAGUGGGCGUUCUUGAAAGAAUGGACAAAAGAAAGAUCAAUGCAUUUGGAUAAGCCAGAGCUCAUGGAGGGCAUGGAAUGA